CGCAUAAUCAGCUUCGCUCUUUCGGUGACUUUGACAGAGCAGUCCAACCUGGCUUUAUUAGGCUUGUGAAGGUAAAAACGUAACACGGGGUUAUUUCAUCAAGUCUCAGCCCGGCUGAAACGCAUGAAAGUUCUGCUUCUCUUUCGAGCGCAACACAACGCUUGGUUACUCUUUUGGAAUAUGACAGCUGGAAUGGAAUGGAAGACAUAGUAGCCAAUCGCCGUGGACGACUCUAAACGCAACUGGACGCUCGUGUGGGAGAAAGGCCUCGAAGAAGCUAUGUUGUUCGCUUCCAUAAAACCGACGAACGGUCGGGGGAGGUCUCGUGUUCUGCCAUUGUACUGUUUACCUCUCUCCGCCAUUCUGUGAAACGAUUUGGACGCUACUACUCGCAAAUAUGGCAGCGAUCGAGGACUCGAAGGAUACUUCUCGGGGUAGAUUAAGGAAUACAUCGGGAUAUUCUGAUUUCGACCAGGGUGAAAAAUGGGAGAGGCGAUUGGACUCUAUUCGUACGGAUUCAUUCGAAGAAAAUUUGAGGGAGGCAAAUGCCAAUGAGUUUCCUCCGGACCCCAACAAACCCACCGUCCAGCAAUCUUGGGAUGCAAUUAUGAAGAUGUCAGACAUGCUGGAUGAUGAUAAUAUGAAUGGCUAUAAGGAGGAUCUUGAUACGCUUCUGGUUUUUGCUGGCUUGUUCUCUUCGGUCGUGACCGCUUUCGUAGUGGAGUCGUAUGGAUGGCUGCAAGCAGAUCCUGCCGAUACUACCGUCGCGCUUCUCUCACAGAUCGCUCAUCAGAUGAGCAGCGGUGGCCAGUCUCAGUCUCUACCUCCUCCUCCACCCCUGCCGUUCACUCCCUCACCCUCAGUCGUACGGAUCAACACGUUUUGGUUCCUCAGUCUCACCCUCGCUCUGGUCGAUGCCUUAUUCGGCCUUCUUUGUAAACAAUGGGUUCGUGAACAGCAACGAAAAAUAAUAGCACGAACUCCCGGGCAGGCGUUGACCCUCCGAUGGCUGCGGUUACAAAGUUUCGAACGGUGGCACGUGCCCAAAAUCCUAGCCUGCCUCCCGAUCCUCCUCGAAAUCGCACUCUUUCUUUUCUUUGCUGGCCUCUUGGAGCUUCUAUACAUCCGAAAUCAAAUUCUGUUCGCAUUCACAUUUACCGUCAUCGGAAUUGCGGUAGUAUUCUAUCUCACAACGACGUUACUUCCCGGGAUAGACAUCCUCCGCCAGGUGUUUGAAACCCAUCCGUAUUUCGCAACUGAAAAUCCGGUGUUUGAGCCGGAUGAUAUCCUUCGGUUGCCAAAGAUCGAGUUUAUAUGCCCCUACAGAUCCCCACAGUCGGGGUUUCUUUUUCACUUGUUCGCAGCGGUGUACCGUAUUCCUGGGUGUAAAAGGCUGCUGUAUUCGUUUAUCACCACGUUUAAUCGGGAAUGGAAGAAGAGUACAGCGUCAGUUGGGAAUUUGGAUUACCUCCUCACCAAAAACAUUGCUGGCAUUUCCAAUUGGUCGUCGGUGGAUAUGAAUACUGUCGAGCGGUUUUCGAGUAUUCCCAAGUGUCCUGAUCUCUAUCAGUUGAAAGGGUUUCGGUGGCUUGCUCAGGGGGCUAGAGAUAUAUCGGCUAUGAAACCGCAUGUGAAGAAUGUGCUGGGAGAGGUACAUCCGCAUUUAGUUAUGCCUGCUGUGUUCGAUAGGUGGGAGUCACCAUAUGGGAAGCCCAUGUGGAGUGCGACGGACGUUGAGGGUGUAUUGGAACUUGGGCAUCGCAGGGGUGAUAAUGGUAUGUUCAAUGAUCAGGCAACAGGAAAGGAUUUGGGGCUCGCUUCGAGGAUACUGUGUUUUCGAUAUUUAUUGGCGACAUAUGACGACUAUAGGGUGGUUGAUUCUGGGAGCGAUGACUUGGCGAGGGUGGCCGGGGAGCUUUGGGAUCAGAUACGUAAACAUCCCCGGGGGGAUAGUCGGGUUAUUACCACCCUUGUGUGUCCUGGGGAGUUUCUGAUGGCUCCGGCGCGGGAUUGGAGAGGGAAGGGGUUGGAGUUUUAUAAAAAGCAGUGGGAUAAGAUGGAUCUCAAAUCACAAGUGAAGCUGGUGGAGAACACGUCCAAGUCGAUGAACUCGUUUCUCAAGUCGUCGAAGCGCAGCGAGGACGAGGUUGGCGGUACGCUUUUGGCAUCCACCUAUGGUCUCGACUUUUUCAUUUUCUUGAAUGACAAAGUCUGCAAAACAGGAACAUUACAGCAACGACCUUGGACAAUCGAACAUUGGAUGGAGAUGUUGAGUCACGUACGGAGGGUCCAUCAGUUACCUAUCCAAUAUUUCAAGUCGAUUCCGGGUACUUUUCCGAUACCGUCGAACGAGCUCAAGAGAACCUUGGAUUGCUCUGGAACGUCGGAAUCCACUCUUGUCGCCUUAUUGGAUACGUACGAGGAGUGUUGGAACGGCGCCCACCGGUUUGUUAAACAAAGGGUGGUUUGUGCAGUUUCUGAUCAUAUACACCGGGUCUUACCAUCCGGUUUGGAUCCUCUGUCACCGUUGAGCGAGGAACCGGAUCAGCUGUCUUCAUCGCCCUCAAGUACCUUCAUAACUUCCGCAAGAGGCCUCUCGUUUCUUACGUUUGUGAACGAGAGGUUUCAUAAGGAUUUUGGAUUACUUGAUUGGUGUGGUCAAAAUACGAUUUGUCGAUGGGUGGAUGCUUUGGACCGCGUUCGGAUCCACCGUAGGUUACCUCUUGGGUAUUUUAGCCCUCUUCCUAUGAGGUAUCGGGUCACUGGUGAGGUUACGGGUUGGUAUAAAGCGAAGGAUUUGAAAGAAGGGGGAGGGAUUUUUGAUAUAGGAGGUUUGGGUGUUCCAAGUGCUAAGUGCGAUGAAGAAGAUCAAACGGAAGAGAUUCAGAAGGGAAGCAACGAAGGGGGGAGCUCAUCGACAUCUUCCGGUGGCGAAAAACUGGGGUCAGCAGAAGUAUUCAAAUUGACAACUGACAUUGACAAUCAUCAGCGGACUCAGGUCACGGUUUUGGAAUUUGACUCGGGGGACACAGAGAAGUCGGAGACACAGGACAGACAGAAGCUAUUAGCUGGAGGGCCAGGCACUGAAAGCAAUGUUUGAUGUUCCGACUAGUCAAUGUAAUCUUUACCAAUUAUCAUGCUCCUACAAACGUUA